AUGGAAUCGAAGAAGUUUGUUUACUACUUCGGUGGCGGGAAGGCUGACGGCCACCGUGACAUGAAGGAGCUGCUUGGUGGCAAGGGCGCAAACCUUGCGGAGAUGGUGAACCUUGGCAUCCCUGUGCCUCCCGGCUUCACUAUCACGACGGAGGUGUGCAGCAUCUACCAGGCAACGAAGGGUUUGCCGCAGGAGGUGGUGGAGCAGGUGAAGGCGAGCGUGCGCCGUGUUGAGACUGAGAUGGGCAUGAAGUUUGGAGACGUGGAGAACCCGCUGCUCUUCUCUGUGCGUUCCGGCGCUGCCGCCUCGAUGCCUGGGAUGAUGGACACCGUCCUGAACCUUGGCAUUAAUAAGGCAACGGCUGAGGCGUGGAUCCGCCGUGCACCCCACCUUGAGCGGUUUGUGUAUGACUCAUACCGCCGUUUCAUCACCAUGUACGCCGACAUCGUGAUGCAGGUUGGCCGCGAGGACUUUGAGGAGGCCAUUGGGCACAUGAAGGAGAAACGCGGCACGAAGUUUGACACCGAUCUGACCGCGAAGGACCUGAAGGAGCUGACGGAGGAGUACCUGGUGCUGUAUCAGCGCAAGACUGGAUGCCCGUUCCCAGAGGAUCCGAUGACACAGCUCUUCGCCGCCAUCAAUGCCGUAUUCCGCAGCUGGGGCAACCCGCGUGCCGUGGUGUACCGCCGCCUGAACAACAUCACCGGACUUCUUGGCACCGCUGUGAACGUCCAGGCGAUGGUGUUUGGUAACAUCAACGAACGCUCAGCCACCGGUGUCGCCUUUUCGCGAAGCCCCAGCACCGGUGAGAACUUCUUCUUUGGCGAGUACCUUGUGAACGCGCAGGGUGAGGACGUCGUUGCCGGCAUCCGUACACCGCAGCAGAUUGGUCAUGACCUUUCACUCCGAUGGGCUAAGAACCACGGUGUGACUGAGGAGGAGCGCCGCCACCGCUAUCCAUCGAUGGAGGAGACGAUGCCCGAGAACUACCGGCUUCUGUGCAGCAUCCGCGGGAAGCUGGAGCAGCACUACCGCGACAUGCAGGACAUUGAGUUCACCGUGCAGGAUGGCCGCCUGUGGAUGCUGCAGUGCCGUAACGGUAAGCGGACGAUUCAUGCGGCGGUGCGCAUCGCCAUCGAGAUGGUGAAUGAGGGCCUCAUUACGAAGGAGGAGGCUGUGCUGCGCAUCGAUCCCUCGCAGGUGGACCACCUGAUGCACCCGAACAUUGACGCCGGCGCGGCGAAGAGCAGCAAGCCGAUUGGCAAGGGUCUCGCAGCGAGUCCUGGUGCCGCAGUGGGUCAGAUCGUGUUUGAUGCGGAGUCAGCGAAGGAAUGGAGCGCACGCGGAAAGAAGGUAAUCAUGGUGCGCCUCGAGACCUCGCCGGAGGACCUCGCAGGCAUGGAUGCGGCGUGCGGUAUUCUGACUGCGCGUGGUGGCAUGACGUCUCAUGCGGCUGUUGUGGCCCGAGGUAUGGGUAAGUGCUGCGUCUCAGGGUGCGGUGACCUGAUCAUCAAGGGAAAACAGUUUACGUUGAAGGAUCGUGUGUACCGCGAGGGUGACUACAUUACGCUUGAUGGCUCGAAGGGGCUCAUCUAUGCGGGCAAGCUGAAGCUGCAGGCCCCGGGCCUGAAGGGCAACUUCGAGACGAUUCUGAGUUGGUGCCGUGAGAUGAAGCGCCUGGCUGUGCGUGCCAAUGCGGACACUCCGAAUGACGCGGCCAAGGCCCGCAGCUUUGGCGCAGAGGGUGUUGGUCUGUGCCGCACUGAGCACAUGUUCUUUGAGGGUACCCGUAUCGACGCUAUCCGGGAAAUGAUUCUGGCUGACACACUGGAGGGCCGCAAGACUGCCCUGCAAAAGCUGCUGCCUGUGCAGCGCGGCGACUUUGUGGGCAUUUUCAGGUCGAUGAAGGGCCUGCCGGUGACGAUCCGCCUGCUGGAUCCCCCGCUUCACGAGUUCGUGCCCCACGAGGGUGCGCCGCAGGCUGAGCUUGCACAGAAGAUGGGUGUGCCUGUGGAGAAGAUCCGCAACCGUGUGAAGUCGCUGCACGAGAUGAACCCCAUGCUCGGUCACCGCGGCUGCCGCUUGGGCAUCACGUACCCCGAAAUCUACAACAUGCAGGUGCAGGCCAUCAUGGAGGCCGCAAUCCAAGUGAGCAAGGAGGGAUGCCAGGUUACUCCGGAGAUUAUGAUCCCGCUGGUUGGCAAGAAGGAGGAGCUGACCUUUACGAAGCACCAGGCGGUGAAGACAGCUGAGGAGACCAUUGCAGCUGCAGGCCACCGCGUGCACUACAUUGUGGGCACCAUGAUCGAGGUGCCACGUGCCUCCCUCACGGCUGAUAAGAUUGCGGAGGAGGCAGACUUCUUCUCGUUCGGUACCAACGACCUGACACAGAUGGGCUGCGGUUUCUCGCGCGAUGAUGCCGGCACAUUCCUGCGCCAGUACUCCGAAUUGGGCAUCUACAGCCAGGAUCCGUUCCAAUCUCUCGACCAGGAGGGUGUUGGCCAGCUCAUGCGCAUUGCUGUGAGGAAGGGUCGUCGUGUUAAGCCGAUGCUGAAGAUAGGCAUCUGCGGUGAGCAUGGUGGCGACCCAGCAACCAUUGGGUUCUGCCACAAGAUUGGCAUGAACUACGUGUCGUGCUCUCCGUUCCGUGUGCCGGUCGCCACUGUGGCCGCCGCUCACGCUGCACUGAAGGAAAAGAAGGACAUGGAACAACGGUACAAGAAGAUUGCCGCCAAGCUGUAG